UUUUCAGUCUGUUGACUGGAAAGCUCAUGUACUUCCGAAGUAAUUAAUUAGUUAUUACUUAUUUUGUCAAAUGUCACUUGUCUGUUAAAAAUUGAUUCUACUCGAAGUAAUAGCUAUAUUAUAAACAAUAAACUAUUAACAUCCCUUUUUCAUAUUUUUUCAGAAAAGUAAGGUUUUAUUCUUUAAAUGACUCGUCACGCAAGAAAUUGUACAGCUGGCGCUGUAUAUACUUAUCAUGAAAAGAAAAAAGAUGCUGCAGCAUCGGGAUACGGUACACAAAACGAAAGGCUAGGAAAAGAUUCCGUGAAGAGCUUUGAUUGUUGCUGUUUAAGAUUGCAGCCAUGCAGAGACCCAGUGGUAACCAAAGAGGGUUAUUUAUUUGACAAGGAAGCUAUAUUGGAAUAUAUUAUAAGCAAGAAAAAUGAAUACACACGAAAGUUAAAGCAAUAUGAAAAACAAAUGAAGAGAGAAGAAAAUGAAAAAAAAGAGCUGGCAGAUGCUGAAAAACAAGCGAAUCUUAUCAAAUUUAUGAACAGAGAAAAUAAUAUUUCAAAUAGUAAAUCCUCAGAGAGUAAAGCAUCUACGUCAGUUUCCAACUUGGCUAAUGGGAAACAUAAGGAGCUUCCAAGUUUCUGGGUUCCAUCUCAGCUGCCGGAUGCUAAGAUCACAAAACUUGAGAAACCUGAUCCAACUGUAUAUUGCCCCAUUAGUGGGAAACCUUUGAAAAUGAAGGACCUGGUAGAUGUCAAAUGGACUCUUGUUAAUGACCCCGAUGAUAAAAAAUCAUUAAUAGCUAAAGAAAACAGAUAUAUGUGUCCCGUCACACACGACAUUUUGGGCAAUUCCGUUCCAUGUGCUGUCAUCAGGACAAGUGGUCAUGUUGUGACAAUGGAAUGUGUGGAGAAGAUCAUCAAGAAAGAUUGGCUUCAUCCACUCACCGGCGAGAAGUUGAAAGAAAAAGACAUCAUCCCACUCCAAAGAGGAGGUACAGGAUACGCUCUCACCAACGAAAACUUGGAGGGGAAAAACGAAAGACCUGUCCUACAAGCUUAGUACAUAUAUCGUAAUAAAAUUCCCUUAAAACUGGA